AUGGCUCUCCCCUUAUCCCUUCUUUGGUUUGCCUCUUGUUCUUUUUUUCUUUUUCUUAACUUCAUUUUGUUAUCCUUCUUUUCUUCCUAUCUUUUUCUUUUUUCUUUCUUUCUUAUUCCUCGUUUGUCUUCUAUGUCACCAUCUUUUUUUGGCUUUUAUUUUUUUUUCGUUCGUCUUCUUUCCCGCCGUUUUCUUCCUAUAUCGUCUUUUUUCUCGCAAUUUUUCUACCUGUUUUUCCUCUUCGUCAUCAUCUUCAUAUUUCUCUUAUUCACUUGCUUUCCUUCUUUGACCUUCUUCUCGCCACCUUUUUCUCUAUUUUUAAUGUAUUUUUCUUUUUAUAUUUUUUACCAACAUUGUCUUCUUCCAUUUUGUUUUCUUUCUCAAAAUAUUCUUUUUUUUUUAGUUUCCCCUUAUUCUUCCCUUUUCUUCUUUAUUCUUCUUUCUUCGUCAUUUUCUUUCAGCGUCUUUUUUCUGUGUUCUUUUCUUGCUUUCUUUUCAUUUGUUUUCUAUCUCGCUACUCUUUAUUUGCUUGAAUUACCUUUUUUUUCUAUUUGUUCCUCUUUUUUUAUUAGCCAUCUUCUUUCGUCUUCUUUUUUCGUCUUCUUUCCUCUUCGUCUUUUUUUCCUUUCCUCAUUUUUUUCUUUUGUUUUCUUUUCCUUUCGUCUUUUUCUUUUCCUGUCUUCAUUUCUUUCGCCGUCUUUUUCUUUCAUUUUCUUUUCCAUUCGGCCUUUUCUCCUUCCAUCUUCUUUUCUUUUGUCUUCUUUUUCUUUUGUUUUCUUUUUCUUUCGUCUUUUUCUUUUCCCGUCUUCAUUUCUUUCGUCUUCUUUUUCUUUCUUUUUCUUUUCCUUUUGUCUUUUUCUUUUUCCGUCUUCUUUUUCUUUUUUCUUCUUUUUCUUUUUUCUUCUUUUUCUUUUGUUUUCUUUUUCUUUCGUCUACUUUUCUCUUCCUCUUCUUUUCCCUUCCUCUUCUUUUCCCUUCGUCUUUUUUCAUUCCUUCUUCUCUUCCGUCUUAUUUUUUUCGUCUUUUCCUUUCGUCUUUUUCACUCCCAUCUUCUUUUACUUUCAUCCACUUGUUUUUCUUUUUUCUUCUUUUUCUUUUUUCUUCUUUUUCUUUUGUUUUCUUUUCCAUUCGUCAACUUCUUGUUCGAAUUUCUUUUUCUUAUCUUCAUUUCGUCCAUCUUCUUUUUGUUUUUUUCUUGCUUCCUUUUCUUCUUUUCUUUUCUAUCUCUUUGUCUUAAUUUGCUUUUUGUCUUUUUGUAUCAUCUUGUUCCUCGUCGUCUUUUUCUUUUCUUUCACGUUUCUUUACAUGCUUGCUAUUUCCUCUUUUGCCGCCUUUUUCACCAUCUUUUUUCACUUCUUUUUUGUCUUCUUUGUCUUGCUUUCAUUCAUUCCCGCACUUAUAUUUUUUUGUUCUUUUUUCAGCAUAUUUUUUUCCUUCUCGCCUUCCUAUUUUUUCUUUCAUCCCCUUUUCUCAUUUUUUUGUUAUUUCUUGCUUAUUCUUUCUCUUCUCGCUUUUUCUUCCUUCUUUUAUUUCUUCCUUCUCCUCCUCCUCCUUCUUCUUCUUCUUCUUCUUCUUCUUUUUCUUCUUCUUCUUCUUCUGUUAUCUUCUUCCUUCUUUUUCUACUUUUUCUCCUUUACUGUUUUGAUAUCCUCUUUCUUUUACGUCUUUUUCUUCUUCUCUCUUUUUCUUCUUUCUUCUUCUUUCCUCUUUUUCUUCUUUCUUUUCAUCUUCUUCUUCUCGCGUUUUCUUCUUCCUUUUCUCCUCUCUUUUUCUUCUUUUUUCUUCUCUUUUUUUCUUUCUUCUUCUUUUUCUCUCAUUAACUUCUUCUUCAUUCUUCUUCUCUCUUUUUCGUCUUUCUUCUUCUUCUUCCCUAUUUUUCUCCUUUCCUCCUCCUCUUCUUCUUCUUCUUCUCUAAUUCCACUAUCAUUUUUCCCUGACUUUGUCAAUUACUUGUUAGAAUCAAAAUCCUCACUGUAA